AUGAACGACCAGUACCACCGGGCGGCCCGGGACGGCUACCUGGAGCUCCUCAAGGAGGCCACCCGGAAGGAGCUGAACGCCCCCGACGAGGAUGGCAUGACCCCCACUCUCUGGGCUGCUUACCACGGCAACCUGGAGUCGCUGCGCCUCAUCGUGAGCCGGGGGGGCGACCCGGACAAGUGUGACAUCUGGGGCAACACGCCCCUGCACCUGGCCGCUUCCAAUGGCCACCUGCACUGCCUCUCCUUCCUGGUGUCCUUCGGGGCCAACAUCUGGUGCCUGGACAACGACUACCACACCCCGCUGGACAUGGCCGCCAUGAAGGGCCACAUGGAGUGCGUGCGCUACCUGGACUCCAUCGCGGCCAAGCAGAGCAGCCUCAACCCCAAGCUGGUGGGCAAGCUGAAGGACAAGGCCUUCCGCGAGGCGGAGCGGCGCAUCCGCGAGUGCGCCAAGAUGCAGCGCAAGCACCACGAGCGCAUGGAGCGGCGCUACCGGCGCGAGCUGGCCGAGCGCUCCGACACGCUCAGCUUCUCCAGCCUCACGUCCAGCACCCUGAGCCGCCGGCUGCAGCACCUGGCGCUGGGCAGCCACCUGCCCUACUCGCAGGCCACCCUGCAUGGCACCAACAGGGGCAAGACCAAGAUCCAGCGGAGGCUGGAGCGGCGCAAGCACGGCGGCGAGGGCACCUUCAAGGUCUCGGAGGACGGCCGCAAGAGCGUGCGCUCGCUCUCGGGCCUGCAGCUGGGCAGCGACGUGAUGUUCGUGCGCCAGGGCAACUACGCCAACCCCAAGGAGUGGGGGCGCUCCCCGCUCCGGGACAUGUUCCUCUCCGACGAGGACAGCGUCUCCCGUGCCACGCUGGCGGCCGAGCCUGCCCACUCGGAGGUCAGCACCGACUCAGGCCACGACUCCUUGUUUACCCGCCCGGGCCUGGGCACCAUGGUGUUCCGCAGGAACUACCUGAGCAGCGGGCUGCAGGGGCUGGGCCGGGAGGACGCGGCGCUGGACGGCGCGGGCACGCCGCGGGGCCGGCUGCAGAGCUCCCCCAGCCUGGACGACGACAGCCUGGGCAGUGCCAACAGCCUGCAGGAGCGCAGCUGCGGGGGGGAGCUGCCCUGGGACGAGCUGGACUUGGGCCUCGAUGAGGACCUGGAGCCCGAGACGAGCCCGCUGGAGACCUUCCUGGCCUCCCUGCACCUGGAGGACUUCGCCUCCCUCCUGCGGCAGGAGAAGAUCGACCUGGAAGCCCUGAUGCUGUGCUCAGACCUCGACCUCCGCAGCAUCAGCGUCCCCCUGGGGUCCCGCAAGAAGAUCCUGGGGGCCGUGCGGAGGCGGAGGCAGGCGCUGGAGCGCCCACCGGCCCUGGAGGACACGGAGCUGUGA